GAUGCUGGGAUGGAGGAAACGCGAAUGGGACAUUUCGACGCGCGAAAUCUAUAGCACGAAGAGAGAGGAACUCAAGGCGAACGGAGAGUUUGGUUUUGAAUCAAUCAAACUAAAUUCCGUAAUCUACAAACAUCUACAUUAACAUGGCAGAUCCGAAGGAAACACCAGAAGAGCAGGAGACUUCAACAGACAAUGCAGAAGAAUCAAACCACGAUCCCCAUUAUGAGCCCAUUGUGUCUCUUCCAGAGCAGGAUGUGAAGACUCUAGAGGAGGACGAGGAGGAACUGUUCAAAAUGCGUGCGAAGCUCUACCGUUUUGCGUCUGAGAAUGACCCACCAGAGUGGAAGGAGCGCGGCACAGGCGACGUCAAGCUCCUGAAACACAAAGAGAAGGGCACCAUCCGCCUAUUAAUGAGGAGAGACCGGACCUUGAAGAUCUGCGCCAAUCACAACAUUUUUCCUGUGAUGGAGCUGAAGCCCAAUGCUGGCAGCGACAGGGCCUGGGUAUGGAACACACUCGCCGACUUCGCUGAUGAGCAUCCCAAACCUGAACUCCUGGCAAUACGUUUCCUUAAUGCAGAAAACGCUCAGAAAUUUAAGGUGAAGUUCGAUGAAUGCAAGGAGGAAGUCAGAAAAUCUCAAGAUGGCUCAGGAGGAAAUGUUGACCGUGCAAACAAAGUGGCAGAGAAACUGGAGGCACUAUCUGUAAAGGAUGACAAGACCAAGACACCCGAGGAAAAGAAAGAGGAAAAGGCAGAAGAGAAGAAAUGAAUCCAAGAACUUGCUCUACUGAUCUUCAACUUGUCAUUUCCCUCUUUUUCUACAAUAGACUCUAAAGAAACUGAAUUUGGACUCUUGCAUAUUGAUUUAGUUUUUUUUAAUGAUUUGUUUGCCUCGAGAGAUCGCAAGACCUUGGUGCCACACAAAAAGUAUCCAUUCAUUCAAUUGUGCCCCUCCCAGCCCGCCCUCUUGUUUCCAUCAUGGAAAACAAGUUGUCUGUACUGCUCAUCUGUGUCAACUUGACAUACUGUGAAAUGAGGCUUGUGAUAUUGGUAAUUCCCACAUUGGGUAAGUCUUUUUUUUCUGAAUGAAGCAAAGUUAGUUUUAUAGGGAAUAGGACUGCUUGUAAGUGCCACACCUAAAAUGGAAAUGGGCAGAGAGGAGCUGUAAUGUCUUGGUAUGCAUCUCAAUAUGGAGGCUUCCUCUCCUUUGUCUAUACUGAUCUGAAUAGAGAUAAGGUGAAACCCCUAAUAUUUGUCACAUUUAAUACAACCGGUGUACACUUUACAGUGGAAUGCUUACUGCCCUUUGCAACGAUGCAGAGAGAAAAAUAGCAACCGGAGAGGAAUAACAUACACAAGAAUGAAGCUCUACAGGGAGUCCCAGAUCAAUGUGCAAGGGCAUGAUAUAUUUGAGGUAGUUAUGUACAUAAAGGCAGAGAAAUGUGGUGGAUGCUUACCAGGCAGGAGAUUGCUUUCACCUAUCUGCUGUGAAGUUCAGAUGAAGGAGAGGAAAUUAAUGGAGAAAGACACUGGACCAUUGAGACAUAGCCAUAACGUGUUUAACAUCGGGUGCAUUUUGGGUACUGUAGUCCUUGGACCAGUUAUCAGUGACUCAUAUCUAAGAUGUUCUGCUGCAGAUGAUUUGAUGCACAUAAUUCAUCAAAUCACAAAGGUGUUUUUUGUUUCAUUGUUUUUGUUGAAGACCGAUCACACCAAAUCAAAAUGUAAGACGAUGGUUCAUCAGACUUUGGUAUAGGCUACAGUAUUUCCUGGCUUGGGUACUCUUCCUGGUGGCUCAAGUGUGUUUUAGGGCAUAAUACAUUCCUUCAAACUGAAACUAAAGCAUGUAGAAUAUGUAUAGUGCAAGAGUGUAAUGAUGCGGUAUCAGGUGUGCUCACCAUCCUAACCUGUACCCACUGAGUUGACCCUGCCCCUUAGGUGCAUCGACGCGCCAGUGCAUCUGUAAAUACAUGUACAGGAUGGAAUGUUGCUUUCAUUUGCACUCAAAUGGUUUGAGAUGUUUCCUCCACCUUCCAAUAAAAGCUCUCAACGACC